AUGACACCUAAAUCUCGUCACGUGAAACAUAGUGAGUGACACUUUAUAUUUGACGCGUGCAUUUAGCUCAACUUCCGCUUAUGCUGAUUUUCUUUAUCAGGGAUGUGGGGUGUCGAAUUGUUUGCUUAUGUAAUCAACUUCCUCUUCUAAUAACUGACUUCCACUUCCCCAUUCCAAAUUAUUGCUAGUCAAGAAGCUGCAUGUAGUAAUACAACUUUUCACUCACUAAAAUUGUUUAAAAUGGUUUAUACUACAUAAUUAUUGGAAAAUUGUCGGGUAAUUUAACAAGAAACAAAAAGCAGGUCUUCCUUUCGACUUCCGUCGGUUUAUCACCGUUCUUUCAAUUCAGAUAUUUUGAUUUCCAUGUAUUUUGGAAAAAUCCGUUCGUCAUCUGGUGUCAAAAAACUCUCCAAAUGUUGUCACCAUUUGGCCCUUGAUAUACACGGUACUCUACAAAAUAGGUAAAAAUAGAAGCUAUGUUUCUUGAAAAAAUUCCAAAGUUUCUCAAUUGCAAACAUUUCAUUUCUGUUUCCUCUUCUUGGUUUAUACCCACCGUUUACGUUUAUCUUUUAGUUUUAAUAAGAUGAAACGCAGUUUUCAAUUAAGUUUCGAAAAUAGACUAGUUUGCUUUAUGUAUUCGUCUAGAAUACUUCUUAAUCAAUCAAAUUAAAACUUAUGCAAUCGCGUUUUUGUCGUUCGCCUCGUUUGACUCGUGCGAUAGUCCUUAUUUGCUCCUUGUACAGUGCGCUUUCAUCCUGAUUGGACGACGAUGUUCUUAAAUUUGGUUUUGGUCAAUCGAAAUGUGAACCGUUUGGUUCUUUAUCAAAGACGGACAUGUUAUGUCUUAUACACUUACUUCGUAACCAAACCUUAUUAUACAAUUUUCACUGCCCAGUAAUUGAGUGUCUGGGCGCUAGAUUAGUAAUGUUUUUUUUAUAGAAAGCGAUGGAGUGUAAUCAUUUACUGUAACUGUGAAAUAAGUCACUCAUUUUGAGCCUUACCACAGGUGCCUUGAAGGCUCCAUAUAACAGUACUCUACUUUUCAGAUAGCAAUAUUGGAGAACACAUAUGGCGCAGAGUGGAUGAAACCCAAACAGUACUCAGGCAAUGAACCAGGUGGAGAUUUCCAAAGUAGUCGAUUGGAUUCUCCGCAUGAACGCUGGCAUGUUUUUGCCGACAAAAUCCUGACGAAGACGAACUCACAAAGAAACGAUUUAGGAUCACCUAAACAUCCCUGCGUGAGGCAUUUUUCACCAGUCUAUAUUGAAGGCAAAUUGAUCAAGGAGGCGCAAUGCUACGGUCACUCCAUGCUUGGAUGCAGCGGCAAAUAUCCCGUGUAUCAUAAGUGUGAGCCGAAGUAUCAGUAUUACAGUGAUCUGAAAAAGAUGUUUAUAACCGAUUGUAAGUGCAAGUCAAAACAGAAACAGAGAAAAAGUAGUUUUCUUUCAAAAGACUAGAUUCCUCUCAAAAAACGAGGAUAAGUAACUCCGAU